AACAUACGCCUCUAAAAUUUAAUAUAAAUAUGUUAGUCAAGAAAUUGAAUUUGAGAACAAGGCUCAACAUAUAAUAUCUCAUAUACAUCGAUAUUCCCAAAAAACUAAAAGCUUUGCUUUAAGUGCCAUGUCGGGGGAAAAAACUAAUGAGCAAUCUACCGAUUCACAUAUGAGUGCUUUUGCAUUAAAAGAUUUACAAGAUUAUGCAAGUUAUUUUUGUUUCAAAUAUAGGACCGGCGAGCUCAAUUUGGUGAAGAUCGGAGACAGACACCAAUGCCCAUUGUGUUCAAUGGAGAACGAAUAUAAAACGAUUAAUGAGUUAUUGCAUCAUGCGGAAGCCAUUGCAUGUUCUGAGAUUUCAGAUAUAGAUUACAAGGCUAAGCAUUUAGGGUUGGCGAUGUACUUGACGGAUAAGCCGUCGAAACCUGUCCAGGAACCAAAAUCAAGAUUGACUAGUUAUAAGAGCGGUGCCGGUGUUGAAGCUUCAAGUUCAAAGAGGAGGAAAGCAAACACUUAGGAAACAAGUAGCACAAAUUGCAUACUUCCACUUGCUUGUGAUACAAGCAAAGAGUUGGUAUGGCCCUGGAUUGGAUUGCUUGUUAACCUUCAAGCUGAACAAAAUGAAAAUGCUCAUAUUCAAUUUCUGGAAACUUAUUGCCUAAAGCAUAAGAAUGCGAAGAUGAUAUGGGCAGGGGACAUUAUUGGUUUCACGGGAGUUGCAUAUGUGGAGUUUGGGAGUGACUGGGAGGGGUUAGACAAUGCAAACAAGUUUGAGGAAACUUUAACAGCAUGUCAACGAGGAAAGGAACAUUGGUUGGGAGAAGGAAAAAGAAAGACAGGGAUAUAUGGUUGGAUAGCUUGUGCCAGUGACUUCUACCGUACCUGCCCGGUUGGAUAUCAACUGCAUAGAAUAGGGAGGUUGACAACUAUUUCAUCAAGAAAAGACGAAGAACAACUUUAUAUGCUUAAAGUUCACACAUCAUUGGAUAGAGGGAGCAGCAGCCGAAUUCUAUAAGAGUAUCGAUUUCAAUUAUAUGUAUACAACUUGCAUACAUCUUAUAUAGUAGUUUAAAAUUUGGUAAAAUAAUUGUUCAUCAACUACAUUAGAUAUUUUUUGUCAGCAAAGCUAAGACUUCAACAUCAUCUUUUUAUUAAUCAGAUUCUUGUCGAGACCCUUUCAGAUUUACUUAAUUUUUUCACUUUACCCCUCGUACUCAUUCAAGACUCCU